UAUAAAUAUCUUCUGCUUGUCAGACUCACACAACUAAGAAACACCAGCAUCAAAACACUGUCAAAACGGGAGCUUGUAACAAGACGAUGGAUUGCUAUGACGGCUGUCGGUGCAGCAAUGACAAAAAACAAAGCAGUAUCCUCUACAACAUUUUAAAAAACGACAAACCCGCGCAACUACACAGACAUCAGGGGACCAUCCAGCGAGGUUGUGCCUGUGGAUCGAUGAAGAAAGUAGCCCUGAGAUUCCCGCAGGUUACCUGCAAAACUGCCUCUGCUGUUUUAGUAAAGACGCUGAAGUUUAUGAAGAACUUGCCUUGUUUUCAGGAACUACCAGUGCAUGAUCAGCUGGCUUUAGUCAGAAGUUGCUGGGCACCACUUUUACUGCUUGGUCUGGCACAGGACAGAGUUGACUUUGAGACCACAGAGACCCCAAAGCCCAGUAUGUUACAGAGGAUUUUAACUAGCGGGCAGGAUAAGCCAGGAGACACGCACCGGCAAAAUGAUGAACAGCUUUCAACAACAGAGAUCCAAGGCAUUAAAGCCUUUCUAGAAAAGUGUUGGGCACUGGAUAUAAGUACCAAGGAAUAUGCUUACCUGAAAGGAGCCGUUCUUUUUAAUCCAGAUGUACCAGGGCUGCGCCGUCUACAUUAUAUCCACUGUCUACAAAGUGAAGCACAGCAAGCACUAAAUGAAUAUGUAAAGAUUAUUCACAGAGAAGACCAUACAAGAUCUGCCAAAGUGAUGACUGCACUUUCCAUGCUGAGACUCAUUAAUGGUAAUGUCAUUGCAGAACUGUUCUUUAGACCCAUCAUUGGUGAAGUCAACAUGGAUGACCUGUUGCUGGAGGUGUUCUAUGCCAAAUAAUAGUAUUAUUACUGAACAGUAACGAAGUACACUUAAAAACAACUGCAACCUUAAAACAAACAUAGCAAUGUUUUGAUGAAGUUAUACAGAAAAACUGUUUGUGUUGGUAGUACAGUUUGUGCCACAAUAUAACAUAAUCAAUGCUGUCCUUAAUCAAUAAUUUGUAACAAACGGUGUGUAUUUCUUAAUCCAAAUAUUUCUGGAUCAGAUCUGUUAAGAACUUUAAGUUCAAUUUGCACAGAGUUUUUUUGUGAAAAAAAGUUACAGACCAGUGACCGAAUUAGCUUUUUUGAAGUAAAAUAAUUCUGUGUUCAUUUUCAUAGGUUUUUACAUUGAAAUGGGGGUAUAAUAACUGCACAUUGCUUAACUUAUUUGUUUUUAAACAUACAUUAUUUUUGUAUAAGUUAUGUAAUAGUAAAAAAAGAAAACUAUUUUCAAUUUUUAGUCCUUUGCAGUGUAUUUGUAAAACACCAAUCUCUAAAUAUUUGGUCUGUAUGGAAAAACAAAUUGAUAAUUUUAGAAAUCAUGCAGCCGUCACUAUGUAGUCAAGCAGCUCUCAUGCCUACAUUUAGUUGAUAUCAAUUCAAAGAUACUUAUUUAAUUAAAAAAAAAAAGAACUUUACUGUAUAUAUACAUUUUAAUUACAUUCAAUAUUAAGCUUCAUACAGUACCUGGCAAUACUCCCUCCUCGAAGGUAAAGAUUGAAUUAAUUAGAUUGAGUGGCUGCAUGAAGAGACCAUUUUUUAUUAUUGCUAUUAAGAGUUGUUGUUUUUGAAAUGUUCAAAUCCACAAGUUUCUUUUAUUAAUGCUUGUGUCCAAAAAUCUGGGUUACUCUGGAAUCCUGUGUGUAAGUUAUAUAAGUUACCAGCAUCACAUUCUGAAGAACAAAGGUUUUAUAUAACUACUUCAGUAUAAUACCAAAGGGUUCAAAAACAAUCCACACUGUGGCUACCCCAAUCAUUAUUUUGCAAAAUUUAUGUUUGAAUAAGCAAAUUUCAAGUUUUAGUUUAAUAGCUAACGUACUGUGUUAACUCCUUUGUUCUCAUUAAAAACCCUCUUAGCCAAUGAAAGUCUACAAUUCACAAACAUUUCAUAUCUUAGUGUCAGCUGACACGUUUCGAUUCUUCUGUUCAUCACCCAAAGUGUGAAUCCAAUUUUUCUCACCCCCUACCUCACCUAAUCACACCCCUUACAAUGCCGAACCAGGGCCGACAACAGACCUAGUCCUGUACAAUGGGUGAGUUUACCAAAAAAUGACUCAGCGAUGUAUUUUUAGUAAUGUUACUACCGUAUUCCUGAAGCAGAAAUGGGGCUGCCACAGGGUUUGAUUUAAUCCAGGCCACAGUAAACUGUAUUUACCCUAUUUUGAAUCAAGUGCCAGGGUCUAUUUUCUGAAAGGACUGACCUAAUUGUAGCAGUAAAUAAAAUAACACGAGCUGUUACAUCAUUGUUAUGAGUAGUUUUUUUUUACAGUUUUAUACAACUGAAAUUAUGGUAACACUUUAUUUCAAUAGAACAACAUGUAACACCUUCAUCAGGCUACAUAACAUUAUAUAACUAUAUGCAUAAUUCUUCAUCACCACUUUGAAACCUGACAUAAUGUGCAUAUAAGUAUUUAUAACAUGUUGUCAUAAGAAACCAAAAGCACAGUACAGUAAUUGAACAGUCACAAUAUCUGUGACUAAUUGGGCUUAGCAUUUUUUAGAUAUUGAUUAUUAAAUAAUGAAAUUAUUUUUGCGGUGUUAUAGUAACAAAAGGUUAUUCUUCUCGGCAUCAAUGCUUUCUGACACAUAUUGCCGACGCUGAUUCAUAGAGGCAUUGCAGUUCCUUUUCCAAAUCUGUUUUUUAAACCCUAUUCCAUUUAACCUGACUUGCUGCAACAUUCAACAAGGAAGUCGUUCUGUGUUCAUUGUUAUAUGUUGUUACAUUGAAAUGGAGGUAUAUUCACUUCAAAGGAGUC